CCUAAAUAUUUCAAGAAAUAGCCGUUGCGCCUUCCAUAAGAAAACCUAGAUUAGAAAAGUACUCGAAAUACAAAGACCUCUGCUUAUUAUCGGCGUUCACUAUAUAAACUCCAUCGAUUCCUCCAUUAAUCUUCAAUUAAUUCUCGCCCCAACGUCUCCAUCUCCUCUCGCAUCGCAUCUCUUUAAUCUUUUUUUUUCUCUGUCUAUAACAUUUUCCAUUUGAUUUUGAUUUUGUUUAUUGUUUUUUCUUUGAAAUUUUGAGAUUGAAUUUUGCAGGUUCUGGGUUAUUAUUAUAUAUAUUGGAUUUUGCUUAACUAUUUUUUGCAGGAUCUUAAAUAGUUUUAUUGCUUUCUGUUUCUUUCUCUUUUAUUAUAUAUAUAUUUGGAUACUUUGAUAUUAUGGAUGCAGGAUCUUUGAAUUCUUUUUCAAACUUGAAGGGUCAAUCUAGAUGCCCACUUCAAGAACAGCUUCUCUUCAGAAAGAAUUCUAAAGAAAAUAUGGAUAGAUUCAUACCAAACCGUUCAGCAAUGGACUUUGAUUAUGCACAUUACAUGCUGACCGAUGGAAGGAAGAUAAAAGAGAACCAAACAGUCUGUUCACCUGCCAGGGAGGCCUACAGGAAGCAGCUGGCUGAGACUUUGAACAUGAACCGUACCCGAAUCUUGGCUUUCAAGAACAAGCCACCGGCACCUGUCGAACUCUUCCCUUCCGAGCACUCAACCACUUCAGUUCAUCCGACCAAAUCCGCAAAGCCGAGAAGACACAUUCCCCAGAGCUCUGAGAGAACAUUGGACGCUCCUGAUCUCGUUGACGAUUUUUACCUGAACUUAUUGGAUUGGGGCAGCAGCAAUGUACUAGCUAUAGCACUCGGAAACACUGUGUAUCUGUGGGAUGCUUCAGAUAGUUCUACUUCAGAACUUGUCACUGUUGAUGAUGAAAAUGGACCAGUAACAAGUGUGAGUUGGGCUCCUGAUGGUCGGCAUAUUGCCAUCGGCUUAAACAAUUCUGAAGUACAACUAUGGGAUUCAGCUUCCAACCGACAGCUGCGUACUCUGAGAGAAUGUCAUAGAUCAAGAGUGGGUUCAAUGGCAUGGAACAAUCACAUCCUCACGACAGGAGGAAUGGAUGGUCAGAUUGUUAACAACGAUGUGAGAAUUAGAUCCCAUGUUGUCGAAACUUACAGAGGACAUCAGCAAGAGGUUUGUGGGCUGAAAUGGUCGGCUUCCGGGCAACAACUAGCCAGUGGAGGCAAUGAUAAUGUUGUUCACAUAUGGGAUAGGUCCAUGGCAUCUUCAAAUUCACCAACUCAAUGGCUACACAGGUUGGAGGAGCAUACCUCAGCUGUCAAAGCCCUUACCUGGUGCCCUUUCCAGAGCAAUUUGCUGGCCACAGGUGGAGGUGGCGGAGAUCGAACCAUCAAGUUUUGGAACACACACACUGGUGCAUGCUUGAAUUCAGUUGACACCGGCUCUCAGGUUUGCUCAUUGCUGUGGAGCAAGAAUGAGAGGGAGCUAUUGAGUUCUCAUGGAUUUACUCAGAACCAAUUAACUCUUUGGAAAUAUCCAUCGAUGGUGAAGAUGGCAGAGCUAACUGGCCACACGUCUAGAGUACUUUACAUGGCUCAAAGCCCUGAUGGGUGCACCGUGGCAUCAGCUGCAGGGGAUGAGACACUAAGAUUCUGGAAUGUUUUUGGGGUCCCAGAAGUGGCUAAAACUGCUCCGAAAGUGAACCGUGAGCCAUUCUCUCAUUUGAACCGUAUCCGGUGAUACUAGGAGAUGGUGCCUGAUGCUGUCCCUGUAGUCCCUAACUCUACCAUAGAUGGUCCAGUUGUAGUUCCUUCUAAACCAGCUUCAAGUUAUCCAAAAGAUGAUGGAGAUUUACUUCAUCUGGAGCAAUCGCCACUAUGGAAGGCAACAAUGGAUUUUGUACAUUUUUUUAGGGGUUUUGGACAUCAAUUGAUCAAUUGUUUCUUCAAGCUAUUAUGUUGUCAAUUGUAACUCUUAUGAAAUUGAGAUAGGUUCAUUUGACAUGAAUAUCAAUGACAAAUAUAUAUAAAUAAAGAAUAUUAAUAUCCAAA